UCGUCGAUUUUGGCUCCAUGGCAUCAAGGCGACGAAGGGUUGCGCAUUCACAGGCACCCAAUCCGGCUGCUCCACCUGAGGCCCGCGUUCCUCCGUUGACGUUUGCCAGUGAAGAUGAUUACCAGAAAGUGCGCGCACUCUUGAUGGACGGAUCCGAGGUGUCUGAGGCGAAGGACGCUGGUUUGAUGACGGGCGCUCCGAGCAGCAGCAGCAGCAACAUCAGCAACAGCACCACGGCAGUAACGCAAUUCCUACCGCGUCUGCCAUUGGAGAUUGCCGAGCACAUCAUGGACCAGGCCCAGUAUUGGCCGGCAAUCAGCAAUAUCAACCCGAACGAGGUCCAGGGUCAAAACAACGCCGAUCUGAGGUACCUGAGCGUCAUUGUGCCGCGCUCCACCAUGGACGAAGCCAAGACCCACGUCAAAGCCAUCACGCUGUGCUGUGACAGUCACGAUCAAGGCUGGGGCGGCGAUUUCAAUCUGCGGGGCUCGUACCAGGCCUGCUGGAGCUGGUUUGACCUGGUGGUGCUGGACGAGGACAAGAACGAACGCUUCCGUCGCGAACGGAUUCUGAUCAACCGGCACGCAACGGGCAGCUUUGAGCACAAGACUGCUCGGCUGGUCUGUGACACGGACAAAGACCUCCGCUCCAUCCGCGAAGGCUGGGAAGUUGCCGUCAGUCUGCGCUGCAUGUACCCAGGUUGGACCAACACGAGUCGCUUUGGCCAGCUCGCCGUCUCCUACGUCUGAUGGCGAUGAGUGGGAUGCUUCUACGCGCGGCACACUGGGAUCGUGUGAACUUUCAACAAAGCUGUUUUCGGCUCUCUUUGAAACUCACAAUCGAAUCUCAAUGGCUUUGUCGUGCUUGGUUGUGCAUCGCUUCAUGUUGUACGAGAAUCCUGCUCGCCGCGACAUCUCUUGUUGAUAUAGUCUUUGAUUUUGUCCAGUAUCCAGUCCAUUCCACUGAGUUCAAUACACUCGCUUGCAUUGUGA